AUGCCAGAACAAGCAAAACCCGCUGCCCCUAAAAAGGGUUCAAAGAAGGUUGUGAAGAAACCAGCUAAGAAAGAUGGAAAGAAGCGCCAUAGGAGUCGUAAAGAAAGUUAUUCUAUUUACAUAUACAAGGUUUUGAAGCAGGUUCAUCCUGAUACUGGGAUAUCUUCUAAAGACACGAAUAUCAUGAAUUCUUCUGUGAAUUAUAUUUUUGAGCGGAUUGCUGGAGAAGCUUCUCGUCUAGCUCACUACAAGCGCUCGACGAUCAGUUUGCGGGAGAUUCAGACAGCGGUGCGGCUUUUGUUGCCUGGUGAGCUGGCUAAACAUGCUGUGUCCGAGGGCACCAAAGCUGUCACCAAGUAUACAAGUGCCAAGUAAGAGUCUUCCUUCCA